AUGUAUCCUAAUAAAUCACUUUUCUGUGCAGUGUUGCCUCAUGGGAUCAAGUUACCGGAGUUACCUCUGUCAGGUCUACUCGGCCCACUUUUGUCAGCCGCAGCAAGGCCGCCGAAAGUUGUUGAGGUGGAGGGUCACUCUGCUUCGCCCUCAACUCAUGGAAACUCUGCUUCGCCCUCAACUCAUGGAAACUCUGCUUCGCCCUCAACUCAUGGAAACUCUGUUUCGCCCUCGACUCAUGGAAACUCUGCUUCGUCCUCAACUCAUGGAAACUCUGCUACACCCUCAACUUCUGGAGCACACUUUCCUGUCGCAUCGACAUCUUCUGAUGACUACAAUUCUUUCCCUUCGACAUCUUCUGAUGACUACAAGUCUUUGCCUUCGACAUCUUCUGGAGACUACAAUGUAGUCCCCUCGACAUCUUCUGGAGACUACAAUGUGGUCCCCUCGACAUCUUCUGGAGUGAUUGACUUAACCGAUACCCCGGAUGACUAUAUGGACUUCGGUUACCUCAGAGCUCUAUGGAGUUUCACAUUUAAAAGUGCUUAA